AUGUUAUCAAAACGAGACAAUUUAUUAAUACGACCAUGGCAACAACGACGUUUUGAGAAUCAUCGGCGUAAAGUGCAAUCAGCUUUACCAGCAAUUGAUUCUGGAACACCAGCAUUUCGUGGACAUGUUUGUUGUAAAUUAAAACGAAAACAAACAGAAAAAGAACGUUGUAUACAAAUUGAAUCAGAUAAUUUAAGAUUAUUACAAAAAAUGCAAUCAAUUAUGAAAAAGAAUCGUUUAGAUAAUCAUUGGCGUACACCGCAACCAACGUAA